CUUGUUUUUUUUUCAUUUUUCCUCAGGAAGGGCACAGAGCACACCAGACUCUGGGAAGCCCUGACGGGUAGAGAUCAAUCCUGAGAGAGAGCGUGAGGGUUACAAUGUGUUACGGAAAGUGCGCCCGUUGCAUUGGCCACUCUUUGGUCAGUCUGGCCAUCCUCUGCAUCGUAGCUAAUAUUUUGCUUUACUUUCCCAAUGGAGAGACCAAGUACGCAACCGAAGACCAUCUUAGCCGAUUCGUCUGGUAUUUUUCUGGAAUUGUAGGAGGAGGGCUGUUGAUGUUUCUCCCAGCGGCGGUGUUCAUUGGGCUGGAACAUGAAGACUGCUGCGGCUGCUGCGGCCAUGACAACUGUGGGAAGAGCUGUGCGAUGCUCUCCUCGGUGCUGGCAGCCCUUAUUGGACUAGCUGGGUCCGGAUACUGCAUCAUCGUGGCCGCCCUGGGCUUAGCCGAAGGCCCAAAAUGCCUUGACCUCAGUGGUCAGUGGAAUUACACCUUCGCUGACACCGAUGGAAAUUACCUGAUGGACCAUUCCACCUGGGGGGAUUGCAUCGAGCCCAGAAACGUGGUGCAGUGGAACGUGACUCUGUUCUCCAUCUUGCUGGCCCUUGGAGGAAUUGAAUUCAUCCUGUGUCUCCUUCAAGUCAUCAACGGUGUCCUUGGAGGAAUAUGCGGAUUCUGCUGCUCUCGUCAGCAGCAAUAUGACUGCUGAGAGAAGCAUCCCUGGAUGGAGGGUGAAGGUGCCUGUCAUUGACUGUAAUUUAUAUAUUUUGUAAAACUUUGUAUUAGUGUACCAUAUAUGCUCUGUUUGUGUAAACCUGGAUAGAUAAGAGCGCGUUUUUACUCUGGGCGAGAGGCUGGAACAAUGGAGCUGAUGGAAUUUCUUCCCCGGCAGAGAGGCCCAGCCCUGCCCAUCGUGGGGGGCCUCUUCUGCGGAAACAGAGGUGCCCUUGGGCAGAGCAGAGGGAAGGUUGAAUCCCGGUGACCGCUUCUGGGAUGAAGAUGAUGUUCCAAAGGACCCAAGCCUGUUUUCUUGACAACGCAAGUUGCCAUCUUCUCUGUUGGCAUGAUGUUUCUCAUUCGCAUGAUUCUGCUGGCUUCCCCCCGAGGGGGACAUGUGGGUGACCCCGAGGGCUGGUAUAGGUCGGUGCCCGACUGCUGGACAGAAUGGGAGUCUUAUUAUCAGCCAGGAUCCCCAUAGUGGAGCAGGGGAGGGAAAAGGGAAUGCAGAGAGAUGGCUGUUGGGGCUUCCAUCUAAGGUGCAAAACAGGAAAGGGAGUGAAAGGAUCUUGGAGCAAUCUUUCCUUCACUGACACAUAUGCCCCACCUUCAGGCCCACUCCAGAGGCCCUCCCCACACCCUACCUCUGCCCCCCAGCUCUGGCCCACCUGGGCCUCCUCCUGCUUGGCCAGUUCUGCUUCUGGGCAUCUCUGGUGGUCCUUCUGCACUGGUCUGAAGGUUGAAGAGUCCACAGGGGCUGGUAAACGAGUCCAACGCUGCGCUAUCUCCAGACUGUCAUCAACCCUGGCCUUGGAAGUUUGGUGAAUUCCACUCUUUCCCCCUCCUGCCUCCUUCCCUUCCUCCUUGGCAGGGACUGUCUGGAGUCAGCCAGAGGAGGGAGUGCCCACCAACAGAUGGAAAACUGGAUUUCCACACCCAUGAUGGUGCUGGCUGGCUUCCCUAAUCUGUUUGGAAAUUCCCGGGUCUUCUAGUCCCCUAACUGGAUGGAGCUGACACGGUAGGCUGGGGAAGGCAGAACCAAAGGCAAAGGAGAGGGAAACUGAAAGAAACAGAUGAAAAAAAAACAGAGUGGGAAGAAAAAUAAAUGAAGGAUAAUCUCAAAUACAUUUUGUACAAAAUAGAAUAAAUGAAGAAAACCAAAAUCUC